CUUGAUUAUUUCUGGUUUGGACCUUUACGGUACCCGUAGUUGAGUUGGCAGCGCGUUUGUUUUGUUUAUAUUGUAGAUUUGGUGGUCAAGUUGGAAGCUUGUUUCAAGCGUAAACAUGUCUGACAAAAGUGAGCUGAAAGCGGAGCUCGAAAGGAAGAAACAGCGGUUGGCACAAAUCAGGGAGGAGAAAAGAAGGAAGGAAGAGGAGCGCAAGAAGGCGGACCAACAGCUGAAAGAAGCUUCGAUCCAGCAGGCGGACUCUGACCUGGAGAAGAAAAGACGAGAAGCUGAGGCUCUCCUGCAAAGUGUGGGGAUAACACCAGAUGCUGCAGUUGUAGUCCCUCCUCCCACGUCUCCUACUGCCAAAUCAGCAGGAACUCCCAGCGAAGCAGGCAGCCAGGACUCUGAUGGAGCCGUGGGACCCAGGACUCUGCACUGGGACUCAGACCCGUCCACUCUUCAACUUCACUCUGAUUCUGAGCUGGGGUACUGGACACUCUCUUCUCUCCUUUCCUGGCGUGUGACUCCAAAACUGGGAAUGGCCAAAGUCACACAGGUGGACUUCCCGCCUCGUGAAACGGUGUCCUACACGAAGGAGACUCAGACACCAGCCCCGACCCAGGCUAAAGAAGAGGAAGAAGAGGAGGAAGAGCCCGCUCCAGUUCAACCAGUAGUCGAGGAGGAAACGGAGAAACCGGACCAGAAAGUAGAGGAAGAAGCACCCCCCCACGAGCUGACCGAGGAGGAGAAGCUCCAGAUCCUCCACUCCGAGGAGUUUGCCCACUUCUUCGACCAGAGCACUCGCAUCAUCGAGCGCGCGCUCUCUGAGCACGUGGACAUCUUCUUCGACUACAGCGGCCGCGACCUGGAGGAGAAGGAGGGUGAAAUUCAGGCUGGAGCGAAGCUUUCGCUCAACAGGCAGUUCAUGGACGAGCGCUGGUCCAAGCAUCGGGUCGUCACCUGUCUGGACUGGUCUCCACAGUAUCCCGAGCUCCUGGUCGCCUCGUACAACAACAACGAGGAGCUUCCACACGAGCCGGACGGCGUGGCUUUGGUCUGGAACAUGAAGUACAAGAAAGCCACGCCAGAGUACGUCUUCCACUGUCAGUCCGCCGUGAUGUCCGCGUCGUUUGCCAAGUUUCACCCCAACGUGGUGGUCGGAGGGACGUACUCGGGCCAGAUCGUCCUGUGGGACAACAGGAGCAACAAGAGGACCCCCGUGCAGCGGACCCCGCUGUCGGCGGCCGCCCACACGCACCCGGUGUACUGUGUGAACGUGGUCGGCACGCAGAACGCCCACAACCUGAUCAGCAUCUCGACGGACGGCAAGAUCUGCUCCUGGAGUCUGGAUAUGCUCUCCCAGCCGCAGGACAGCAUGGAGCUCGUCUUCAAGCAGUCCAAAGCCGUGGCCGUCACCUCCAUGUCCUUCCCCCUCGGAGACGUCAACAACUUUGUGGUGGGCAGCGAGGACGGCUCCGUCUACAUGUCGUGUCGUCACGGAAGCAAGGCGGGGAUCAGCGAGAUGUUCGAGGGCCACCACGGCCCCAUCACGGGGAUCCACUGCCACACAGCUGCGGGGCCCCUGGACUUCUCCCACCUGUUUGUCACCUCCUCUUUCGACUGGACGGUCAAACUGUGGAGCACCAAGAGCAACAAGCCGCUGUACUCGUUCGAAGACAACUCCGACUACGUGUACGACGUCAUGUGGUCUCCCACGCACCCGGCGCUGUUUGCAUGCGUGGACGGAGUGGGCCACCUGGACCUGUGGAACCUCAACAACGACACGGAGGUGCCCACCGCCAGCAUUCUGGUGGAGGGGAACCCGGCCCUCAACCGGGUCAGAUGGGCUCCAACCGGGAGAGAGAUCGCCGUGGGAGACUCGGACGGACGUGUGCUUGUCUACGAGGUUGGAGAGCAAUUUGCGGUUCCACGAAGCGACGAGUGGACGCGCUUCGUCCGCACGCUGGCCGACAUCAACGAGAACAGAGACGACGCGGAGGAGCUGGCUGCUCAGCGUCUGGCGGCGUGAGCCCGUGGCCGUGGCUCCACGCAGCGCUUAAGGGACCAGCUGGGCGGACGUUCCUGUCGGCCCUGUUUUCUGACGACAUGACUGAAGGAUGAACGUGUAAAAAAUGAAAAAAAAGAAAAGAAAUUCAGAUUUCCAUCACCAGUCUUCCUCAAAUAGAUCCAAGCAGCAGGUUUAUCAGACUGGGACACUAAUACUAAGCCUUUUUUUUUUUUUAUGGUCGUCUUCUCUUCAACCAGAUGCCUUAAAGUUAAAUUGUAAAAUCUUUACCUUUUCGAAAUGUUAGGAGCGUGUCGACAAGGAGCCUUAACUUUUGUGUUUUUUCAAGCCAAAUAGGUGCACCGCUGCACACGCUCACCAAUGUCAGUCAUGCUGUAGCCGUAGUGUUUCCAUUAAAAGUUGUGGUAAACCAGUCGGGUCUAAAAGAUGUGACCGCCUCACCCAGCUCCAGUCACACGUUUGCUUUCACUCAUCCUGGGCCUGAAUUUCACGUUCAGUUCAGGCUUUUAAUGAGAAACUGAGGCGUUGAGCUUCAGGGUGGAAUGAUUACACAACAAACGGCUUCAGUAAAUGAAAAAAAAACAAAUCUGAGUUUAUUUUGAGUUCUCAAAUGUUGGUAUUUACAAAAAUAUGAACCCCACGUUUUUUGUAAGCACACUCCUUUCUAAUAGCUGGAUAUUUAAUCUCUGAUCGAUGAUUUUUAUUGGGUAUGAAUUUCCUGCAGGGACCCAAAACUCUGAAUAUGGAUGAGGUUCCUAGAAGGUUAAUCUAAGCCUGUUCUGAUCCAUCUAACCCAGUUCUGGUGUGUUUUGAUUCUGUGUCCAAGUUUCAACCCUCCAGAUGUUGAUUUCAGGUAAACCACGUAGACUAGUCCCCCCUCUUCUUUAUCUUCAACCAACCAGUGCGUGCAUCAGUACCACUGCCAGCUAAACAGGCCCAUAACAUGAUGUUACCACCACCAUGCUGAAGAGUUACUUUGUUUUUGUUUUUUAGGUUUAAAAGCCUCACAUGGACUCAUCUGAACUGAUUUGUUGUCGUAGGGGUUUAACAGCUUAAUCUGCUCGGAACAUGGAUAUUUUUUUCUCUACAAAACAUUUCAGAGCCUCCAUCUGGUCCAUUUCAGUCACGCUUAAAGGUGGUGAUUUUGGAGCAGUGGUGUCUUUAUUUUUGGAAGCACAACAGUGGAUUUGUAUCAGGCUUAUGGUGUGUUUGAGAUUUCUGGGUCCUUCCUGAACAUCCUCACCAGUUUUCUUCCUUCUACGGGUGUUGACGGCUUCAGCCGGAGCGGUUUCUCUUGUUAACGGAGAUUUAUCCUGAUAUUAAUGAGGUGAUAUCUAUGCAUUUCACCGUGUAUGCAGAACUUUCUCUCUGUGUAGAUCGGAGAUGAUCUGCAUUUAACUCAAGCUAUUGUUUAAAGUCGGUUGAGCUUGUAUGUUGAAACAUGGUUCCACCCUGACCGAAGAACGGUUCAAACUUAAUUCAAAUAAUUAAGAUUCAUAAAACGUUUCCUGAAGAUGAGUGAAGGUGAGUUUGUGACUGCGGCUGCAGCUCAGGUUGUCCAUCUCUGCUCAUUUAAACGUGACGAUCUCCAGAGUUUCUACUUCAAUGUUUUAUACCGAUCCUCCCUGCUGGAGUCUUGAUCAUCUAACUUGAUCGUUUAUGCUGUAUCUGCUUAGCUGAGGCGUACGUUGACCGGAGCUGAAGAGAUUCUGUUUAGAGACGAAGCUUUUGGGAGGGGCAGAGAAUAUAUACGUUUCACAGUAGAAACACUUUAAAUGAUUUAUUUCAAUAAAAUACAAUAAAUACACUUAAAUUA